AAGCACAAUACAAUCCACGCACAAGUCCACAAUGGUUAGCCUAAGUCGGCCGACUUUUCUCCUACCUAUGCUUCAACGAAAGUACGUACGUAAGUAUUACUGCUUUUUCAUCCACCAAUUGUUUUUCCUAUUAAUACCCCAUUCUCACUUAUGAAACUUGACUCAUUACUAAUUUCCAAUGGAAAUGCAUAGCAAAGAUGCUUUGUACCCAACACAGAAAAAUGCUACUACUAUUAUGUCACAUAAGAAGAAUCAGUUUUUAUCAAUAUUAAGUAGAUUUCAUGCAGGUUAUUUUAGAAUAAGCCUUUCUUUAUGUGGCCAAGCAUUAUUAUGGAAAACAUUAAGUGAGCCAUCGGAUGAUAUUCAUAAAUUUAUAAAUAUUUUUCGGUUGCUUCCCUCUACAGCCUUCAUUCUUCUAUGGUCUUUAGCUUUAUUCUCAUUAGUAUCACUCUCUUUACUAUAUCUACUUCGUCUCCACUUUCACUUUGACAUGGUUAAAAGUGAAUUCUUACACAACGUUGGAGUAAAUUACCUUUUCACCCCGUGGAUUUCGUGGCUUGUUUUGCUUCAAGCCACCCCAUUUUUCAAACCCAAAGAGGUUUAUUUUCUUCUACUUUGGUUGAUCUUUAUUAUACCUAUACUGGCACUGGACAUCAAGUUAUAUGGACAAUGGAUCACAAAGGGGAAGCGCUUUUUAUCAGGAGUAGCUAAUCCUACGAGCCAACUAUCGGUUAUUGGGAAUUUGGUAGGAGCAAGGGCAGCUGCUCAAAUGGGAUGGAAUGAGUGUGCACUUUUUUUGUUUGCAAUUGGAAUGUCACACUAUUUAGUGCUUUUUGUGACACUUUAUCAGAGGUUGCCAGGAAGUAAUUCAAUUCCGGCAAUGCUAAGGCCAGUAUUCUUCUUGUUCUUAGCUACUCCGAGCAUGGCAAGCUUGGCAUGGGAUUCUAUUUAUGGAGAGUUCGAUAUUUCAUCCAAGAUGCUUUUCUUCCUCUCCCUCUUCCUUUUCCUUUCACUGAUAUCAAGACCAGUGUUAUUUAAGAGAUCAAUGAGGAAAUUCAAUGUAUCAUGCUGGGCAUAUUCAUUCCCUUUAACAGUGAUGGCAAUUGCAUCAACCAAAUAUGCUCAAGAAAUGAAGAACACUGCUUCCCAUAUAUUAAUGCUGCUUCUUUCUGGAUUAUCAGUGAUAGUAUCACUUGUGUUAAUGAUUUUCACCGCGUUUAAUUCCAAUGCACUUCUACCAGGUGAUGAUCCAAUGCUCUGCAGGCCUAACAAUCAACGGUCAUCAAUUGUAUAAUUAUUUGACGAAAAGAAAAAUCAAAUGUAUUACUGUAAUUAUUUUUUCAUUCGGUAGUUUUGGUUCGAAUUUUUAGAGCCAACUCGUAUGUAACAUUUGUAAAGGAAUACUAAUUAGGCAUUCAUUAAUAACGUGUAUUUCUGACCAAAGAUGGAAAUAUCUAUGUUAUGAAAAAAUAGUGAU